GGGCUGGUUCAUCACCUUCGAAUACUCCUGUGACAGGAGGCGCUUGCAAAACCCGCCCCCAGCCCCCAGCAGCAAAUAAAUAGAAGGCUCUUCGACCAGAAGCCAGGAGAAGUUUCUAGGCGCUAGUCCCUGAGGUUUAUUAAGCUCCUGGCUUUGCUCAAGACCUCAGCAGCGGCCCUGGCUGGGAGCCUGGGAAGUCUGGGAGGCGGGUGACUUGCUGAUAGCCUGCCUGGUGAGGUGGGACAGACAGAUGCCCUCUGGGAUCCUGCUGGGCCUGCUCAGUGGUUCACGUUUGUGAGCCAGGACCUCAGCUCCCUUCCGGGCAGCGGAUGGUUGGGCUUGUGGCUAACAGGAGAUCAGCAUUUUCUGAAGUGGAGGACUAAACUUUGAAAACCAUCUCAAGCCACAUCACCUUACUGUGUGACCUUGGGUAGGUGGCUCUGUCUCUCUGAGCCUCUAUUUCCCCCUCAGAGCUCAGCAGACACCAUGGCUGAUGGGCAGUUGCCUUUCCCGUGCUCCUACCCAAGCCGCUUGCGCAGAGACCCCUUCCGGGACUCACCGCUCUCUUCCCGCCUGCUGGACGAUGGCUUUGGCAUGGACCCCUUCCCAGACGACUUGACAGCCCCUUGGCCUGAGUGGGCUUUGCCUCGGCUCUCAUCUGCGUGGCCCGGAACCCUAAGAUCCGGCAUGGUACCUCGGGGGCCUACAGCCACAGCCAGGUUUGGAGUGCCUGCAGAGGGCAGGAGCCCCCCACCCUUCCCCGGAGAGCCCUGGAAAGUGUGUGUCAAUGUGCACAGCUUCAAGCCUGAAGAGCUGAUGGUAAAGACCAAGGAUGGAUACGUAGAGGUGUCAGGCAAACACGAAGAAAAGCAGCAAGAAGGUGGAAUUGUCUCCAAGAACUUCACCAAGAAAAUUCAGCUUCCCGCAGAAGUGGAUCCAGUGACAGUAUUUGCUUCACUUUCCCCGGAGGGUCUGCUCAUCAUCGAAGCUCCCCAAGUCCCUCCUUACUCAACCUUUGGAGAGAGCAGCUUCAACCACGAGCUUCCUCAAGACAACCCGGAAGUCACCUGUUCCUAAGACCUGGGCUUCGGUCCUUCCUUGUACCUGUCCCCAGUCCCAGGGAGUCUCUGGUUUGGAGGGUACAUACACUACUUUAGCAGAACUCAGAUGUUGGGGGAUGGGAGGGAGACGAGAAUGACCACAGAGUCCCUGGAUAACGUAGUAGUAACAGAUUUCUCCACAGGGUGACACAUUGGGCGAGCCUUGCUUGGUUGCAUUAGGUCAAACUAUUGGGAGGAUGUCCCCUCAUCUUGCCUGAUUGAAGACGCCAAAUGGCCUAUAGUUGCAAAACAAGCGGAGGGGGACUGAAUACUUCAUGUUGCAUCGUUGCCUUGCAGCUAAUGCAAGGGUUGCUUUUCUCUGGGGACUGCCCUACCAUCUAAAUCCCUGCUCUGGGCCUUCCUGAUGUGUGGCUUGGUUGAUGGGGCUUCCUGGCUCACACCAGUGUGUUUCUAAACUCUUUGUCUAAGAGAAUUCAUAGGUAGGUCUAAUAGCCCCAUAUGGGAUUUAUCAGCCACACAAAACAGUGCCUUUUCCCACUUACCCAGGUAUAUACGGCAUGAACCCGUGGCUCUCAAACUGUCCCCGUCAAGGACUCUGGGGACCCCUCAGUUGAUUCUCUGACUAAGGUUUCCCUUUAUUGUGUCCCCUGUGUCUGAGUCAGAUUUUUACCGAGAGCUGUCUCCAAGCAGCUCUACCAGGAACCAAGCAAAGGCCAGACAGCCUGGCACGCAGGCUAGUGGUACCAUGUAUGUGGUGGGGUGGGGGGGCUGGGGUGUGUGUGUCUUUGUUGUGUGAAUUGUGCUGUUGUUUAGGGGGAAAACAAUAGUAAAUAAUAAUAAUGCCAAUAAAGGAGCUGAUGUUCGUAG